CCGGAGCCGAGUUGUACACUGUGAAAGGUGAGAGUUUUGAAGGAAUUGUUACCAGUAUGCCUUGCUGGUAUUAUGAGAAGAAAGAGUUGCGGAACACCCCAUCAUUUUUGGAUAACAUUGACCCUAACACAGAGGCACGCUACCGACGAGAGGGGGCAAGGUUCAUCUUUGAUGCCGGAACAAAAUUAGGAUUACGUUAUGAUUCCUGUGCCACAGGAGUUGUCUAUUUUCAUCGGUUCUACAUGUUCCAUUCAUUUAAAGAGUUCCAUCGUUAUGUAACUGGUGCUUGCUGUUUGUUCCUAGCUGGAAAAGUUGAAGAAACACCAAAGAAAUGUAAAGACAUCAUCAAAACAUGUCGCAGUCUUCUUACAGAACAACAAUUUUCUGUAUUUGGGGAAGACCCAAGAGAGGAGGUUAUGACCUUGGAGCGGAUCCUUCUCCAAACAAUAAAGUUUGACCUUCAGGUCCAACAUCCCUACACAAGAUUGCUACACUAUGCCAAGCAGCUCAAAGGUGACAAGCAGAAGAUUCAGAAGGUGGUACAAAUGGCAUGGACAUUCAUUAAUGACAGCAUGUGCACUAUGCUAAGCCUGCAGUGGGAGCCAGACAUUAUAUCUGUAGCCAUGCUCUACCUGGCCACACGGCUCUCCAAGCUGGAUAUCCAGGACUGGGUGGGUAAACCCCAGGGCUCCAAACUUAAAUGGUGGGAAGGCUUAGUGGAGGAUCUAUCACAGGAACUUAUUGAGGAUAUCUGCCAUCAAGUAUUGGACCUGUACUCCUCCAAAUCCCAGAAGAGGGAGGAGUCUCCCCCCAUGACACCCUCACAGAGGCCUCAGCCCUCUGCCAAGAGAACCCGUAAUAGCUCCCCACUGGAUGAGAGUCUGCCGUCUUCACAAGGCAAGAACUCCAGUGGUGGGAAAGCCCCAAAACUUGACAAUGAGAGAGGACCUUCACGUAGUACGUCUAAGGAGGAUUUGGGAAGAAGAGAACCGAAGAGACGUGUAGAGGCUCCCCAGUCUAGCCAUGCACCAUCUGCUCCAUAUAGUGGCCCACCCAGCACAUACUCUGGAGCCCCACCUGCCACCACCCAGUCAGUACCCACAUCACACCCAUCCACAGCACCUGCUACCCACCCAGCUGGGCCACCUGGUAGCCACCAGGCGUAUCAAGGGGGAGAUAACGGUUUCACCCAGUACAAUCCUUAUGUAUCAUCACAGAUGUAUUCCUCAUCAUUUAUGUCACAGGAGGGCAGUCAGUCCAUCCAGUCGCUGAUCACAGGUGGGGAAGGAUCAAACCCGAAUUACACAGAACCACCACCCCAACAACCUCAUGACUACAACCAGGUGUACCAGCCACCCCCAGGCUAUCAGCCCCAACCUUACACCAGCAACCCCCCUCCUCCUGCGCAGCCCUACCCCCCUCACACACAAUCUUAUCCUAACUACCCACCUCCCCCUCGGAGCUACCCUCCCCCUGUACCCACCUCCACCCAGCCACAAGCCCCAGGCUAUGAUCCCAGGUUACCCUUUCCUGGAGGCAGUCAGUCCUAUCAGCAUCCACCACCACCAGCACAACCACAACAACAACAAUAUAACUACAAUCAGCAGUAUGGACAAGCAAACUACCCUCAUCACCAGACAUACCAGCCUCCCCCAGGGGGUCAACAGUUCCCCCAAUACAACAACCCAGGUGGACCUCCAAGAGGCCCUCACCCCAAGAAGCCCAAGAAAAGUGAUAGCUCCACACCUAAUAAGUCCACCUGCUUGGCCACAGUACGGAUAACUGGUAGAUGAUCAUAGCAUCUAGCUGUCUUUGUAAAUAUCACAGAGUGAAUACGGGUGUGAAAGGCCUUGUUAUGUAUUGAUAUGGAAUGAAUGCUGGAAUAUGAAACCAGCUUGUAUCAUAAUAAGCGCUGGCAAACAGUAAAUGCAGUUACUUGCUAGCUAACAGUGGACUAAAUUCUUUCUCUUACUAUUUUAGGCCUUAAAUUUAGUGUUGUAAAGCAAUUGUGUGUUAAGGCCAGAUAUGAGUUUAUAACAGCUUUUCAUGAAAAUAUGAAAUUGGAAACUUUUUAAGUUCUAUUUUUUUGGGCUUUAGUUUUGUUUGUUUUCCAGUUAAAUUUAAGUGAUGUUUGGUAUGUGUGAUAUGCACAUACAUGUAGAUCAUAUUUUAAUCAUGCUCUGUAAUUCUAGCUGAAUCUUCUUUGUAGUAUCCAUAUUUUGUGUGGUUUUAUGCAGUCUGUAUGUCAAAUGAAAGUUUAAAAUAAAUGUCAUGCGACCUCUCUAUAAUUUUUUGUUUAAUGUACUGUUUUCUACUCUGU